GGGGGGGGGGCUCCGCUUCCUGGCAGCGACGGCGGCGCGCUUCGGAGGGAACCGGGCGCGCAGCAUGGACCUCCACCGCCGCUGCUGCCGCCGCCUCCGCUGCUCUCUCGUGGCGCUCCUGGCCCUGCUGGCCGCCGCAGGUAAGGCGCGGGCGAGGGGCGCGCGGGGUGGGCCGGGCGCUCCGUCGGGCACCGCGGGGUACCGCGGGCUCCUCUCCUGCCCUCCUCUGUCUCUCUCCGCGCAGGGCGCUCCGGAGGCUGCGAGCGACGCCUGGACGCCUCGGCCGCCCCCGAGGGGCCCCCCUGCUCGGAUCUCCUCCCCAAGCAGCCGCUCCCCGUCGAGGGGCAGGAGGCGCCGGCGCCGGCGGCCCUGCCAGACCCGCUGCAGGUGGACUUCGAGGGGGGCGGCCGAGAAGGCGGGCGGCAGCGUCGGCGGCCCCGCGGGGACCAGCAAGGCGCCGGUAGGACCCCUCAGCCUGGCCUCGCCAUCACCCCCUCCUCCGGUAAGGACCUCUUCUCUUUUUGUUCCUUCCCUCGAGAGGGCUCCAGAAGGUCGCCCGGCUGGCCAUCGGUCUCGCUGUCCUUGGCAUCGGGGAAGACCCCGCCCCGUCGGGUACUGUCUGCCCGGGGUGGGCAAGGCUUAGGGCGCUCUCUGCACACGCUCAGAGACCCGCUUCUCUGGAUGAUGUUGCCAGCGCCCUCCAAAAUCGGGCAACAGCCCUUCUUCGCCAGCUGAGGUGCUGGGCACCGCUGGGGACGCUGGAGCCGAAGGUCGCCCGCUGGGGGAGCCAACUGGCCCCAGGCAUGGGGCACCCCAACAAGGCGUCUCGCUCGCCCAAGGACCCCCCACACUCCCCCACUUGUUGCCUGCCUGGAACUGCCAGCAGCGGGUAUCCCGUGUGGGUGGUGGAGAUUUGGCAGGUCUGAACCUGGGGCUGGUGUGGGGAGGGUGAAUUUGGGAGUCACUGGUGCUGCACCAAUUUUCCCACCCCAAUUUUCAUCACUGAAGUGGCUUGUCUUUGCCCCCCCCCCCCAGAUGUGUCUGGACUCCAUCUCCCAUCAUCAUCCUAGACUUUUGGCUGUGCUGGUUUGGGGUGAUGAGAGCUCAGCAUCAUCUGGGAGCCACAGGGCAGCCCCCCACCCCCCUCCUUCAUGGAAGAUACACCUGGUCUUCCAACAGGGAACAUUUUUGCACCCCCUCCCCCAGUCAUUAAUAAAUUAUUGCUCAUCGUUUAGGAAGAUUUACAUGCCACACUUAAUUUUUUUUUUAAAUAGCUAAACUGCUUACAUAAGUAUGAUGGCCAUGUGCAGUACUAUAAUUGUUUAGUGCAUUCGAAUGUUCUUGGGGCUUUUCAUAUUUUAAUCUUGACAACAGCCUAGUAAGGUAGGACAGCAGCAUCAGAGGCAGAUUUAGGGGAAUUCUAAUCCCUGCGACGGGGUGAGCUCCCAUUGCUUAGUCCCUGCUCCUGCCAACCUAGCAGUUCGAAAGCACGUCAAAGUGCAAGUAGAUAAAUAGGUACCACUCCGGCAGGAAGGUAAAUGGCGUUUCUGUGCGCUGCUCUGGUUCGCCAGAAGCGGCUUAGUCAUGCUGGCCACAUGACCUGGAAGCUGUACGCCGGCUCCCUCGGCCAAUAAAGCGAGAUGAGCGCCGCAACCCCAGAGUCGGCCACGACUGGACCUAAUGGUCAGGGGUCCCUUUACCCUUUACCUUUUACCACAUUGUGUGCCGAGCUGAAAGGGCACCACAGGGGGUGCUGCAGCAAUGACAAACAACGGAAGGCAGAAAGUAGAAGAGGGUGUCAAAUUUUAAAAAGAAAAUAAAAAGAGCCUUCUGGAUCAGGUCAGUGGCCCAUCUAGUCCAGCAUCCUGUUCUCAUAGUGGCCUACAGAUGCCCCAGUGGGAAACGCAUAGGCAAGACCCAAGCCCAAGAGUGCUCUUCCCUGCUCUGGUUUCCAGCAACUGGUAUUCAGAAGCACAGCAGCCUCCAGCUGUGGACAAUGGAGUUCAUAGCUUUAAAGCACCCGCAAGCACCAUGCCCUUUAGAUGACCAUGUGCAUUUUUUCACUGGCUUCAAAAUGUCCCACGCUGCUCUUGCUGCGUUUCGGGAUACCAGCUGCUCCUUCUGCUAAGUGGGGAGGGGCCCGGACCUCUGCCCCCAAGUCUUACCCCAAAGGAUAAUGCCCGGCUGCGAGGCCCCAUGUUCUUCCUAAUGUCUGCCAUGUUUUGGGGGCUGGUUGUGGCUCCUUCAUGGGGCAGGAAGGAGCACUCUGCACAUGGCUCUUCUUUCUCCUCCCUUGCUAUGUUCCAGGAGGCGUCUGAUCUGCAGGGUGCUGCUCUGUCUACAGGUAUCUGCACCUUUGCCGCCGCCUGUCCCCUUGCUCGACUCCUAUCCAGAAAGACAUUGUCUCACCUUAUAGUGCUGCGAGGAUGUAUCUGUGUGGGUGUGCAGUUAGCUGCAGGCAGGUCUUUUGGGGUUGGUGCUGGCUUUGUGCCAGAGCUGGGUAUCUUUCUUAGAGCUGCAUUCCUAGACUGAGUAGAAUGGAAAUAUUACGCAAGAGGAAAAAAGCAACAGAACCACAGUAGGAAGCAGCUGCCUCUGUGGGAUCCCAGCAGAAUUGUUGGGGCUCCCAUCCUUGGCUAACUUUCCUUCACAAUCCCUAGAUUAAAUAUGUCCAUCUCAUGCUUGCCUACCAACCCCAACAAAAACCUCUUGCUAGUGACCCAAACUCUCCUUUACCUUUGCUUAGGGUUUUCGUCGAUGGAGGAACGAAGCUCUCGCCCUUGACACAUGGCUGUGUUUAGAAGAGAGCAAUGCCAGACAAAUUCAUAGCACACUUACGUCGUCAACAGGCAUCUAGAUGCUCAUCUCUAGGUUGGGAUGGGAGGAGGGCAGCGAGUUAUGACUCUGUUCCUUUGGAAGAGUGUGGUUAGGUAUAUACCUUCUCCUCUAUAAGACAAAGUGUGGGGAACAUAUUUGAGCCUGAGGGCCACAUUGCCUUACGAGCUACCUUCUGGGGGCCACAUGCCAGCUGUGGACAGAGUCGUGGGUAAAAGUGAGUGUGGCCAGAGGCAAAACAGCAGUUUCCACUGCCAUUCUCCACUUUUCCACUUUCCAGCCACACAAAAACCAGCUAUUUCUGCACAGCUCUUGUCUUCCACCCAGGCAAGCAAAGUGACAUCAUUACACUUCAAGGGCACUUGAGGAGAUGGCAAGGCAGGUGAGGGCCAGAUAGUCAUGGAGGGCCAUAUUCUGCCUCCCGUUUCCAGGACAAGAGAUGCAGGCCUGAUACAAUGCCCCUCUUUGAUCGUUCAACCUUAGGUGGAGAGCAGGAGUACAAAGGCUUCAAGGUUUCACUCAACUCUUAAUCAGCAAGGUAAUGGGCGGCCUAGACUGGCCCGGUGGUCUGGCUGCCAGCUUAAUAUACCACAGGCUCUUACUGGCCUGGGCUUAUCUCUCUCAGUCCAUCUGUAUGAGUGACAUGCAGUGCUCUCAGGACAACCUGGCUGCUUAGAGGACGGCGGGGGCCGGGGAAGGAUUUUCCUUCCCCACUGGCAAUCAGGCAAGAAGUAGUCAUUGCAAGCCUAUCAGAGACUGAUAACUAUGGGGUGCAUGAUGCUCUGCCUGAAUCCAGAUGUUUGCUAUGAUGGAUGACAUCACAGCUGUGUGUGUGUGGAUGCAGGAAAGAGUAGUGGCACUUAUCCUACAGUCGCUGAUGCACACCCUUCCUCAUUCCCUGGGUCUCUGCCUUCUGCUCUGCCCCCACCCGUCAAGUCCUGUGUCUCGGAUGUGUGGGUAUGAAUGCAGAGGAUCCAGGAGUUCCUCGUACAAAACGUGGAUCUCUUCCACAGCAGACACGGUGCCAGCCUCCUCCUCCGAACCAGCCGUGUCAGAUAGCGGUCUGUGCCAGAGAAAGCUCGUUGCCUUGGCAACACGGAGAGAGUGAUGCAGAAUAUCUGGGUGGGUUGUCUUGAGCGCCUGUUCUGGAUUAUUAGCUGGGCUUCUGUCGAAUAUACUGCCACUGAGACAGCAGCUCCAGAGCCAUUCUUACCCAAUAGCUACGCUGUGGCCCCUGGGAGGCUGGGGGGAGAUUUCUGCCCCACCCCAUGUUCUUGCAUAAGGUUUUGGUUCCCAACUUCAUCUUGGGAUUGAGAACUGUGUAACUACGGUCCAGAUGUGUGUGUGGUGUCUAUGCAUGGUGCAGAAAUCUGGUGAGAAGCAGGGCAGCUGCUCCACCCCCAAAUCAGCAAAACCAGAUCAAAAGCAAAUCAUUCUCCUUGUAUGCUGCUUUUCCAUGCUCAAAGCAGCUUACAACAAAGAAAAGAGGAGAGCAUUUCAAAGUGCAAAAAAUAAUUUCCUAAUAGCAACAAAACACCACAACAGUAUAGAGAACACCAGACAAAAAACAACAACAAAACACUUCAGUGCUAUAAAUAUAGCAAGGUUGCAUAAACAACUACAUCCAGCAUCCAAUUGCAAAAAUAACAAGGGAGCUUUACAGUUGCACCGAGAGAGCUCUGUGUUUAAAUGCAUUUUUGGAACAGGAGGUUUGGGGGCUUUGGCUUAUUCACCCUCCCGGGGCUGCCAGCGUGUAGCAUCAGCGCAACACCACUGCCUGGUACCUCCUUGCAUCUGGUUGCUUUAACCUCCUUGCAUCUGGUUGAACAAAGGGCACUUGCUGACAUUUGCAGCUCAGAUCCUGAAGAUGCCUCCGCUUUUCUGCCUGUAGGGGUGGCAGUGAAGGUGGUGCUGCCCCUCGACUUCCCCCCAGGGAGCUCACUGCCUCUGCUUUCCCUCCACCCCACAGGGUCAGAUUUCUCUGGGCUGCAGGACUCACUAUCUGUAGGGCAAAGCACCAGUAAGACGCUGAAGACCCUCCUCCAUGGCAGCGCUGAGCCCUCUGGCACCACCUGGCAUCGUCCCUCAUCCACUGAUGCUACUGUCCCCACUGCCUCGCACCCAGACUUGCAGACUGGAUCUGCUGUCCUUGAUGCCAGCCAAGAAGAAACACCGAGGAGGCCGACGGAGGUGGAAGAAAGCAGAGCAGCAGCUGCCACUGGGAGAGGCACUCAGUUCCCCACUCAAGAGAACACAUUGGGGGCUGGCGCGCUGCCCCACCCGAGUCCACCCCUCAUCACAACCAAGCCUGCGACCUUCUCAUCUGAGUCAGCGUUGCUUCCUGGGCCCAUUUCCCCAAAGGAUGCUGCAGGUCAAAAUUCUUGGCCCUCUUCUCUUUCGGAAGAAUCCUCCAGCCCUGGAGCUGGAGAGGAAGCCCCUGAGGUCUGGCAGUCUACCAGCCCCUCUCUGCUUCUGGCCUCCAAAGUGCAAGCUGCUACACAGACCCAGGCUGAGCCUCAGCACCCUUGGCUAGAGAGCCAGGGACCCCCAAGUGCUACGACAGGUGGGAAUGAGACACGCAGCGUGGGACCUACAGAUGACCUGAAGAUGCCCACCAGAGCCGGCAGCCUGAGGCCCCAGGAGACCCAGUCACCCACUGCAGAGACUCAGGGGACCCUUCUUCUGGCUUCUACUCCACAGCCGGUUGUGGCUGAUACUGGGGCAGCCCAGGAAGAGGAUGUGGCAACCAUCACAACACAAAUAUUGCCACAGGGCUGGAGCACAGCCCCAUCUGUGGUGGGUGCUGAGGGGCCAGGGGGCAGCACACCAGGCGUGGAGCCAGAAACCAGAUCUCAUGAGUCUUGGGGUGCCGUGGGACCCUCUGAUCCCGGCUCCACCCCUGCUCCACCCCCAACGCUGCUGAGAUCCCGGGCAAGGUUGGGUCACACGAUGGAGACGACCCAGGAAGCCAUAAGCGCAGGCAGUUUUGUUCCCAGUGGAACAGCCCCGGUGCACAAUUCCACAGAAGCCAUGAGAGCAGCACGGCCUGUAGUGGAUGCUCAGCCUACUUCUGCAGAAUCCCCACAUCGUACAGAGGUGGCUCCCCACUCAUCCUCAUCUGUCCACUUGGGGACAGCUUUGCCCCUGAGAUUGGCAGACUCUGCCACCCAUCCUGCUUCUGCCAGCAACCUCCCUGUUGGGUCCACAUUGCUCACCUCGUCUGUGGGCCCAGGUGGUGUCAUGGAAGAACCAAGAGCUUCCAGAGCAGGUGGGCAUGCCAGCGCAGACGUGCCCAUGUUUCAGAACUCCACAGACCCGCUCACGGCUGCAGAGACUGCCUCCAGUGGGGCUUCCACAGCCACAGAAGAGCCUGGAUCUCAGAGCCCCUCGGAGGCUGGCAGUGCCUGGCCCAUGAAAGGGGGUGAUCGUGUACAGUCAUCCUCACAGCCAAGGCAGCUGACACCCAAGGGGACUGCAGAAGAAGGCACCUCGCCCACCACGGUCCCCACUCCAAUGGAGGUCUCUGUCAAUUACAGAGAAAGAACAGGGGUGCCUAGCGACGCCAGGGAGGACCGUCAUAAAGCCACAACACGCCCCACCCAGCAGGCAACAAGAGAGGGGUCCCUUUGGCAAGCCACAGAGGCAGCAGAGCCCUUCACCAGCAGCAGCAGCCUCCCAGGAAAGGGUGCCCCCACUGGCUGGACUCCCAGCUCAACCAAGACCCCAGUGGGCUCUGAGGCUGCCUUGUUCACUCCAGAGGGAGAUGAUGUGAGCACAGCUCCUUCGCUGAAUCCAGAGCUUCACUCCCAAGCAGUCAAUUCCUCCAGUUUGGGCUUUGGAACAGCUGUGCCCACAAGCAAGAUAGGAGACACUGGGACCAUGCCCGUGACCCACCGGCUGUGGACCUCUCCAGGCAGGACAAGGAGCUGGGAAUGGGUGAAGAGGCCCAGCGCCACAGCCGAAGGUGGCUCCAUCAGGGAGAUUGCCCGUUCUCCGCUUAGUCUGGAGGGCCUUGUCCGAACAACAGCCACUCCGACAGGGAGCAGUGGGCACACACAGCCGCCUUUGCCAGCUCCAGGACCAAAGAGCACUGCAAAGGAGGAACCUCUCGUUGCCAGCACCUGGCUCUCGCCAGCCACACCAGAGAAGUCCACAACGCAACUGCAGCCGGCCGUGCCCAGGGAAGGCCGUCCUAGAGCCCACCAGGUCUUUGUGGCAGAGAAUCAGCUGCCCCGCCUGAAAGGUCAGUGGGGCACCUCGCUCUGCAAACCGAGGGAGGGAAGCAGAGCUGAGCUGGGGGGCAAGGUUGGUGAGCUAGGAGGGGAUUCUGUGGCAGGUGAGUUCCCUGUAAACAGGUUUAGUGGGGGCUGAAAAGGACUGUCUGUGAAGGUGGUGGACUCUCAUUCAUUGGAGGUUUCUAAGCAGAGGUUGGUUGGCCAUCUGACGGGGAUUUUUCUCUCUCUGAUUCCUGCAUUGCAGGGGCCUGGACUAGGUGGCCCCUGGGGUCCCUUCCUACACCCUUUCUAUGAUUCUGUGGUGCCUGUUGGGCCUGGUAAGGCUGAAGGGAGAGAGGCCACUGAUAGCUGGAGCUAACUGAUUCUAGUUUCAACCCUUUCCUCUCCCCUCAUGAGUUUUACAGAAGUGGGGAGGAGGAAGAGGACAGCCAGGGCUGCCCCCUGGAUUGGUUGUUAAGUUAAAAGGCAGAAGGUGGGGACUGGCAAAGGAUUUUCCCGAGGAAAUCUGGGCUACAGCAGCCGUACCCAUUUGCCCUAAUGGACCAGCCACCCCCAGGUAGAAUUUAACACACAGGAGACCUCACCACCUUGCUGGAACUAAGCUGGUCUGGGUCUGAAGGUAAAAACAUAAGAUGACUUCCUGGUCAGGCCAAACGGGACCCCACGGAGCACCAUGUUCUGACAAUGGCUGACCCAGUGCCCAUUGUGGGAAACCCACAAGCAUGGGCAUAAAAUGAAAACAAAACCUGUAAGAAAUGCUGUUUCUACACCCAUUCUUCUGGUCCAGCUACAGCUGUGGCCACUGGCCUCUUUGAAGCAAGUUUUCUGUUGCAAAGACCCCCACUCCUGGCUCUCCUCUGUGCUCCCUACACUUGUGGGGCAGGUGGAUCCACCCUCACCAACCUGCCAUGCUGUGGCAGCUGCCAUCACUUGGGGCCCUGAAGGUGGUAAUCGAAUCGUAGAUUCAUACAGUUGGAAGGUACAAAGCAGGAAUCACUACUAAAGAAUCUCUUCUGUCUUUCUGUUCCUCUCUCCCUCCUUCCCUCACCCGCAACCUUGGCCUGAGGUGGGUCCUAUUUUCCUUCUCCCUUCCUGCAGCCACUCUCCUGCAUAUCCCUUGUGAGCUGGUCCUGGCCAUGGAGUUUUCCAGAAGCUUCUGGAACCCCGACUCACUCGAGUACCAGGGCCUGGUGCUCAGCGUCAACGAAACGGUGGGUUAGCCAUGUCUGUUUACCCAGGACUUGGGUGGGAUUUUAACUGGGUUGCCCAAGGUCCUAGAGCCUAAAGGCCACAUUCCCUGCUGGUCAACCUUCCCAGGGCCACAUGGCCAUGGGGGCGAGGCAGGACUAGAGGCAAAGGUGGCGGGGCUGCAAAUGGGAAUCUGGCCUUUGAACAGUCGGCUAGUUUCUAUGCACCCUUCCCUCUCAUCUUCAUCCAGGCAAGCAAGAGUCAUGAUUAGAGUACAAGGAAAUCAUUCCACCCUGGCAGAAGCACUCAAGGAGGGUGUGAAGCAUGGGCCAAUGAGGGGUGUGGCCUGGGGAAAGUGGGUGGGGCCUCAUGAUAGUUCCAAGGGCCAGGUGAAGAGGACUGGAGGGCCACAUUUCAUCUCCAGACCUGAGGUUCUCCAGCCCCUCCUAGAGUUUAUUAUUUUGAACUGAUGAUGCUUCAUUGUUUUAAUGCCUGAGGGGUUUUUAAAAUAAAUUGUGUCUGUUUUGUUGCAGGUGUUAUAAUUUAAUUGUAUUUUAUGCGUGAUUUAUUUCAUGUUAGCAAACCCCCCGGGAUCUGUUUUGGUGAAGGGUUGGAGAUGGAAGCUCCAUAAAUCAAUGACUAAUUGAUUUCCCUUCCUUCCCCUUCCCCUUUUCUCUCUCUAAGGUCACACCUCUCUUUGAUUCUCUGCCGGGAUUUCAGCGACUGGAAGUGAAGGCAAUCCGGUAUCUAUCCAUCCAUCUAUCUAUCUAUCCAUCCAUCCAUCCAUCCACCUCUCUCUCUGGGUUUUCUUGUCCGCCGUAUCCCAGGGCUCAGGGAGGGCAAAAUGACUGACACCACUGUGUAGCAGGUGAAAAUGCAAAAGUUCAAAAUCGUCCUGGGUGGCUCCUUGGAAGGCAGCUGCCAUUAGGAAGGCCUUGAUGACUCUGAGGAAUCUCUGAGGGUGCAGGAGGUGGGCAGGGAAGAAGGCAACCUACUGGCCAGCUCCAUCUGAUGGCAGAGUUGGAUCACCAGGAGAGGCUGGUUGCAGGAAGGUGUUUAAAAAUGCGUGGAACUCAAGCAAUUUCCUAAAGUAUUUGGUGCAUUCAUGAGUCACAUUUCCAAAACCUGUCCCUGCAAAAUAAUUUUGCUUAUGGGUGAUGACUGGGCCCUGAAACUUCCUGUGUUAGAAAUGGCAGUAUGUGUGUGUAUCUCAGGACUCAGAUGGGGCUGCCCCUUCUGCCACCUUCUGUGUAUUACAUGGGACUCAGAUGGUCCUUGGGAUACCCUUCCACCUCUGCAAUUCUACCAUUCUCUUAUUCUCUCUGCAGGCCCGGGAGUGUGGUGGUGGCAUUUGAUGCCCUCUUCCUGGUAGCGGCUCCUGGCUUGUGGGCUGCCCUGAAUCGCUCAUCCCUCUCGGAGCGCUUGCGGCCGGGGCUCUGGGUUGGCAAUGCCCGGGUGCUGCAGAGCACGACGUUGGGUAAGCUUUUGCCCAUUUCCCAACCCAGCCGACAUCAGUUGCCCAGGAGAUGCCGCUGGGGACAGAACCUGUGCACCUGCAAAGCAGCGGCUCUCCCACUGAGCAAUGGCCCCCUCCCCACAAGUUUCUAGUCCUCAAGACUUUAAACAAAGUGGCUGCUUUCCAUAGACACAUCAGAAGCUGCCUUUCGCCAGUGGGCCCACCUAGGUCUAUGCUGACUGGCAGCAGCUUUCCAGGGUUCUUGGGCGGAGUCUCUCCCAGCCCUACCUGGUGACAGAAACUGGGGCCUUCUGCAUGCCAAGCAGGGGCUCUGCCUCUGAGCUGUUGCCUGUUCCUACAGAGCGGCACCUGGACCUCUGCUCCGUGCUCUUUGCCUGCCAAGCCGGCUACGAGUGCGUCUCCACCGGGGAAGACGGGAGUGCCGUCUGCACCUCCGCAUGCCACCGCGACUACUGCAAGAACGAGGGCAUCUGCACACAUGCUGUCAACCACACACCUGUCUGCCAGUGAGUGUCACAGCGCAAAGGCCUUGCGCCCGGUCCUUCUGCCCUUGCACACACGUCUCUGCCUUCAAGGCCUCUAUCUGAUGCUUUCCCCCUUGCAUUCCCCAGGUGUCCCGUGGGCAGCGACUUCUGGUUCCUGGGGGUGCGCUGCGAUUACAAGGUGACCCAGCAGGGCUUGCUGGGGGUGGCCUGCGGCCUCUUGCUGAGCCUGGUGGUGGUCGGAGCUGCCAUUGCCGGCCUGGUGAUCCGCCGGGUUCGCAUGCUGCUGCUGGAGGCCAGAGCGGAUCAGACCAAGAGCAGGUGAGACCCUGCCCCUUCUCCUCCCUUCCUGGACUCCAUGGAGGUGGAAGGAAGGGAGAGAAACUGGGGCACUGCUCCCAUUGGUUUCCUGCCUUCCCUGCCAGUUUAAUCCAUGCACUGGCUACCUUGGACAGGGCUGGUUUAAACGUGGACCAAAAUAAGUACAAGCUUAGGGCAUCAAGGGAAGGGGAUUAGGGUUAGACAUUUUCCAUGGCUGGAUUUUUGACAAUAAACGGUCACAAAUUGCUCAGCUGAGCAUUCGUUUUCUCAGUUGAAGUACAGUGGAUCCUCGGGUUACGUUACCUUCGGGUAACGUAACUUUUUUGGGUUGUGAAUCCAGCAAACCUGGACAUGUAUACUUCCGGGUUUCGCUGCAUGCACAGAAGCGCUCUAUUGCGCCACGUGCGUGUGCAGAAGCAGCGCCUCAUGUUGCAGACUUUUCGGGGUACGUACGGACCGCCAGAAUGAAUUAAGUCCAGAGGGUCCAGAGGGUCCACUUAUUAAAAAUCCCAAAAGAACAACUAUGCAACAAGGCAGGCUUGAUGUCUUAUCUCUACUAAGUACAGAAGUGGAUGCGUUAAGGUAAGAUUAGUUUGGAGGAUCCGAUCCACGACUUUGCAAUUAGAAAAAGUAGGAGAAAACUUUUCAGCUAUAAAGUACACAAAGAUAAACAUUAUUUUCCAUCCUUAUUGUAGGUUUUCUUUCAUUUCAAUAAAUAAAAUUUUGUUUUAUGGUUUGUUAUUGUUUAUAUUUUGAAUUGAAUUUUGUAUUUUGAAUCGGAUAUAUAUAGGGUCACCCAAAUCUUGUUAGGUGGUUAGGGCAUCUAAAGGUCUUAAUCUGGCCCUGACCUUGGAAGGGGAAGGACUUUCCUUCAUCAAAGGUUUUUAAGCUGAGGUUGGCCUGUCUGGGCUACUUUAGCUGUGAUUCCUGCAUUGGAGGGGGGUUGAGCUAGAUGACCUUUAGAGGUCCCUUCCAGCUCUGCAAUUCUAUGAUGUCUUCCCCCCUGUUCAUGACAUUCCUCAUUAGCCUCUUCUCUUAGAAAGGGCACCCACAGGGGCGGUUUGCAGUGCUGAGUCUCUGCUGCUUCCCUUUCUCUGGGCCUUGUUGGGCUCACAGGGGCUGUUCACUUAUUGCUCUUUCCUUAUUAUUAUUUAUUAGAUUUGUAUACCACCCUUCACCCAUAGAUCUCUUGUCUUUUCCCAUCUAGUGUGGGGCUGCAGGUGGGUGGGAAAUGGGAUGGGGGCUGCUAGGCUGAGCUGAGGGAUCUAUUUCCUCCCGCCAGGCCUGCUUUCAAGGGAAAAGCAAACAGCCAGCAGCUUCUGGCUGAACUCCAAGGGAAAUCCGGGGGUGGGGUGGGAGGGGGUAGAGAGUGUGUAACUGAGCUUUGUGUUGAGAGAGAGACGGGGGGGGGGAUUCAUUUCAGCCUGAGCUCUUUAGCACUCCAGGCUUGAAUCUCUGGCUACAGGCUCUGAGCAUAUGCAGAGUGUAAUCCCCUUUCUAGGCUCUGAGAAUAUGCAGAGUGCAAUCUCACUCCUAGAAUGAAAAGAUUGGGCAGAAGUUCUCACUGUGGGCAUCUUGCCUAGCCCCCAUAAACAUCCUCUCAACCACUUUGACCUGCAGAACUGGCACUGAUACAGGUGUCACAUAAUACCUGUUCCACAUUUGUAAGAAAUAGAUAUUUUAGUGUGGCGGCACCUAUGGUCUGAAACUCCCAGACUCUUGACAUCAGGCAGGGACCUUCAUUGUACAGUGGUACCUCGGGUUAAGUACUUAAUUCGUUCCGGAGGUCUGUUCUUAACCUGAAACUGUCCUUAACCUGAGGUACCACUUUAGCUAAUGGGGCCUCCCGUUGCUGCCGUGCUGCCAGAGCACGAUUUCUGUUCUUAUCCUGAAGCAAAGUUCUUAACCUGAGGUAAUAUUUCUGGGUUAGCGGAGUCUGUAACCUGAAGCGUAUGUAACCUGAAGCAUAUGUAACCCGAGGUACCACUGUACUCUUUUCUGUGCCUGCUGCUAGAAACAUUUUUGUUUAGACAGCCCUGCUCAGGCUUUUAGAAUGAUGGUGCGUAUAUUGGCCAUUUUAAUUUUUUUGAAUGUUUUAAUUUCUUUUACUAAUAAUUUCUUUUUCUAAAUUGCUAUGAGGUUUCCUACCAUCCACCAGCAUAUAAUUUUUAUUUUUUUAAAAAAAUGAUAUUUAUUGAAAAUUUUUUAGAAUUACAAAAGAGAACAAAGCAGAAAAAGAGAAAGAAAAAACAAAGAAAAAACAAACCACAUCAAACAAUACAAAUUCAAAAAACAAAAAUACACCACAAACACUCAAAAACAAAUCCAUCAUUCUCAAAUCCUCAACUGUCAUUACCUUCUUUCUUUGACCUCCUCCUCCUCCCUUUUUUUUGUAUCCUAGUUGUUAAUUGUCGCAGCAAAUCCUUUCCAUAUUUCAUAAUAUUCUGUCAUUACAUUACCUUAAUCUAUUUUAUUCUUAUCUUGCUAUAAAGAACCUUAAAGCUUAAAACUUAAAUCUUAUUUUUACCAACUUCUCAUAACCAUAAUAUUCUUACAUAAUUCUUUAAACAUUUUUGCUAAAGCCAAGUAAUUUCGUUCCAACAUUUUUCUAACAUUCAUCAAUUUUAUAAAACAAUCCUAGUAGUAAAAAAAAGAAAUAAAAACAAUCCAAUCUUCAUCCAGCGUCCCUUCCUCCUGGUCUCGGGUUUUGUCAGUCCUUAUUAUCCCAUCAAUCUAGCGCAUUAACCUGGUAACCUUGUAUCCGAGGCCCUUAAGUCUCUUCCAUGUCCCUUCCGCGGCUCUUCUUCAUAUUUAUAACUGUAUUUUCCUUUGUCUCCUGCUCCUUUCACUCGUGGGAACUCCAGCUUAACAAUGUUUUUGACCCUUCUCGACAAAUCAGCCCCUUUUCCAUAGUCCACACUAAACUCCAUGUGGUAUUUAACAACAUGUUUCAAAAUCCCUCCAAAAUUAAGAGCCCCCACAACCCCAAACAUCUCACGGCCCAUUGCCAGACUUGAAAAGUCCAAACUUCCCUGCAUAGGGGGGUCUAUCCAACCCCCCAUUUCCAAACCAAACCAAACUUUAUCUUUCCAAAUCUGGCUUUUUCCAAGUUCAUUUGUCAAAUCCAAAAGCUCAUGUUCCUGCUGGGCCACAGCUCCCUCCAUCUCUGGCGCCCAAGAUUCAGCAACAUCCUCUUCCCUCAUCAGCAUAUAAUUUUUAAUUACCAAGGACUUCCCAACAACAUGCUACUUCAGCAUGUUUUGUUUUUGCUUUUUAAAAUAAUUGUAUUUGCAGUAUUAGGAUUUUGGAUUGGUUUCCAUUACAUGGGGGGGGGGGGUUUGGACUAGAUGACCCUCGGGGAUCCCAUCUCUACGAUUCUAUGACUCAUAGCAACAUAAGGGAUCAUAAACUCUUGACCCCUCCAGCUACCGCCGCUUCUGCCGCCUUGACGAUGUCUCGGCCCACUACUGGUCGGAGCCUUGGCUGGCCUCAGCAGUCUCCUUGGACAACCCAGCCUUCAGCAACUCGGAAGAACUGCUGCACUUGCAGAUCCUGGACACAGCCUGCUGCAGCUGCCAGGACGACUGCAUGGGCCCCGACGGCUACUGCAAGCAGCCGCAGGAUGCCCCCUGCAUCGGGGCCGCAGGCCGGCCGAGGUAACAGUCACUGCAGCCAUGGUGGGUGGUGUAAGGGGUGGAGCACGAAGGGUUCUGGUGAAAAGGGGUUCAAGGACUGCAGCUGUAAUGGCACAGGGGCAUACAGUGUUUAGUUUCAAGUUUCUCAGUGAUGGGACACCUGCUUGGCAUGCAGAACAUCCCAGGGUCAAUCCCCAGCGGCAUCUGCAGGUAGGGUUGGGAGAGACCGUACACACCUUUCUUCUGGAUGCUCCUCACCUUUGUGCAAAGGUGGGGGUGGGUGGGGGACACUUGCAACAGGAAAAUAAAGAUCUACUUUGCUUUGACUGGUUCCUACCUCCACCCAUUCUUCUCUGACCGAUAAUGGACUCUGAAUCCCUUGAUGGAGAGUUGGGCUGUAAAAGCAAACGCCCAUUUUUUAAAUAUAUCAGCUUGAAACCCCAAAGAGCCGCUCUCAAGUCAGUGAAGGAGACUGUAGGUGGGCCAGCGGUCUGACCAGAUCAAGACAACUUCCUCUGUGUUUGGCAAUUGUAAAUUCAUCCUCCUGUUUUUUAAAAGAUGAGCUGCACAAACCACCUUCAUUUGCCCUCUGUACAUAUAGACUAGCAUAUGCAAAUGGCUUCCAUUGCUUAGCGACUUCCCACCCCCCAGCAAGCAAAUCAUGCUUGAUCCCCAGCAGCAGGCAACAGCCCAGCAGGGUGGAGAGCAGGCUGGGCAGGGAGGUGGGAACUCCCCAAGGAAAGGACAGGCUGAGCCCAGAGGACUGACCUUCAAUUGUCACAGCUAACCUCCUGGCUGGCCUGAGGCCAAGCAGCUGGCAUAAACUUUCCACUUAUGCUGGUUUGUUUGGUGCUAAAGGGAAAAAACCUCCCCAAACAUAAAGGCCUCUAAUAGUGCCAUGGAAAGAGGAACUCAGGAAAAGUUUGAUAACCGGCGGCAGAAAUGCAGAGAUAAGCCCCCACACUGCAGCCUUGCGCUCUAAUUUCUUGGCUGCUUUUCCCAAGGCAGCAUCUGACUUUCAAUUUCCUCCCUUCGGCUUGCUCUCCCCAGGUCCUCCUCCUCCUCCCCCUCCCUGAAAUCUUGGAAUAGGAUUGAUCUAACCACGGAUCUUCCUUCUGCUGGAUGGGGGUAGAUGCUUGGUGGGAUCCUGGCUUGGUGGCCAGGAGAAGAGGUUUUAACCAUUCGGGGUCAAAGUAACAUGCCCAACUAUCCCAUUGAUCAGAGUUGGGUCAGAUGCCUGAAGCCCAAUAUUUUAUUACUGCUAAGAAGUGGAGAAGGGUUUAAAGAAAAGCCCAGCUGCUGGAUGAGGCCAAAGGGGUGCCACCAGGGGCCCAUCCCUUCCAGCAUCCUGUUCUCACAGUGGCCAACCAGAUGCCCCAAUGGGAAAUCCAUUAAGCAGGACCCCAGCACAAGAGCCCCCUCCCCUCUUGUGGUUUCCAACAACUGGUAUUCAUUAUUCAGAAGCAGGCCACCUCGAAUAUCCUUCCUGAGAAUAUGCCAUGGCAGUAGUUCCUAUCAACACUGGGCUGCAUCCAAUAGUUGCAGCACAACACUGGGCUGCAUCCAAUAGUUGCAGCACAACUACUUCUGCUACUUCCCCUUUUCCAAAAGCUCUGGUGAAUCCUGGAGCGGUCAGAAAGCUGGUGGAAGGACCGCAUUGGCAUUUUGACAAAAUCUACAACUCUUUCUCCCUGAACCACCACCGUAGUUGAUCCUGGUGCGCUUUAUAUCACUUUUAAGCAGGAUGUGGCAAAAUGCUGGCCUUACUUUCAUUCCUCGGGGAAAGUCAUGGGCUUCCAAGGAAGAGAGUUGGGUGUUCCACGUUUUAAUGUGUGUUUCCUUGCAUCUAAUGCCCCAGUACAGUCUAGCAUGUGUAGAUACGGCUUCCUCCCAUUUUGCAUCUUGGACAUCUUCCUUCCGAUCUUUUUAGCGCUCAUUACAACCAUUGGGACGUGAGCUCCAACAGCAUGAACGACCCUAUGAUAGACUCCGGGAAGGCCAGUGAAGUCUCCGUCUCCAGCUGGCCCAUGGAACCUAUUCAGUGGAGCCCUUGCCCUGCUCUGCACAACCCCUCCAGGGAGCAAGUGGUGAGUGAGGCCCAGGCACACUUCCCUGGGCUGUGGGUCUCUAGUUUGGAGAGGUGGCGCUUUGGCACGGAAGCGCACAGGGUAGUUUGGCACAGAACUCUGAUGAAACACAACUAUUCAUUUCCAUAUUGCAAAACAAAACAAAAAAACCUUAUUUGCAUGUUGUUAUGAAUCUCCAAGGGGGCCAGUGGGUAUAAGAUACAAAUUUGCUCAUGCAACUUAAUUAUGGUGGAGACUACGAGAAGAGACUUUUGCUCAAGGUCAGUUUGGCGACAACCAGUAAGUUGUCUGGCUGCUCACCCAUAAAGUAAGUGUCCUACAUUGUGGCAUCUGCUCACUGACCCUAGAAAACGAGAAUGGGCCUUCUCUGCAGUGGCUCCCCAUCUGUGGAAUGCUUGCCUGGCACCUUCAUUAUACACCUUUAGGCGCCAGGCGAAAACGGUCCUUUUUAACCAGGCCUUUGAUCUGAUUUACAUCCUAUGCCCUUUUAAAAUGUGCUUUUUUUGGAGGGGGGAUAUUGUGUUGUUGUUUUUAUUUUUAUUAUGUAUUUUGUGGUUUUAGAUCUUGAUUUUAUUCUGUGAAACACCCUGAGACCCCCCCCCCCCAAGGUGUAAGGUGGUAUAUAAAUUCAAUAAAUAAUAACAGAAAUCAGCAGGAAGGGGAGAGAGGGGUUGGGCCCUUUCAGCCAAAUUAGCCCCCUGCGGCAUUCCCAGUACAAAACAAUCCCUGGAGCCCCACUCUCUCUCCUUUCCACAGCACAAAGCCCAGAGGCCUCACUCUUACUGCGAGGGAAUGGAGCUGGUCAACCUGGAGAGAAGCUGGACAGCCUGAAUCCUUCCAGUCAGACACAGGACGUGUCAACAGGCUCAAAACCAACCUUUUAAUUUCUACCUGACCAGCUCAGAGAUUGAGGUGGCUUUGAACCCUGCGAACAGUGCAAGCCCAUCAAGGCAGGUGGCUGAUGUCAGUUUUCAAUGCAAAGGCUUGAGGAGGCUCAACCGUCAAGCAAACUAGCCUUAUUGGUUUGGUGUUGGAAUUUUUAUUUUUAUUUUUACGAGUAGUUACUCUUGGGAGGAACAGCACAGCACUGGAAUCCAACACUGGGACAAGUCUGAGCAGUUAGUUCCUAUUUGGAGACAGGAAUCUCCUUGACAGAAAAAGCUGGACAAGUAACUGGAUUAAAGGGCGAGGAGGAAGAGCAGUUACUGUUUCGUUUUGUGCAAGUCGCUGUAAUGGAAGUAUUAAACGCCAGAGUUUAAAAAAACAAACCAAAACCCAGCAUUUUUUCCCCACACGCUCCUCAAUUUCCAAGUGUCCUGUCAAGGUGGGAGCUGGCCCUAAAAGGAAACACACAAAUACUAAACCCUUGUUAACCUAGCAUAAUCUAGCAAAUGUGCCUGUGCACCAAUAGUAGAGGGUCCGGGGGGGGGGGGAGGGGAGAGACACGGACAGACAAUACAAAUCACGAAUGAGACCGUUCCAUGGUAAGCAGCCAAAAAAUGUCAUGAUUUAUUAAUAUCUGGAGAAACUUCAUAAUUAGAACACAACCCAAACUGUACAUUUUACAAUCACACUCUAUUUGUAAACAGUUAAAAAGCCACUGGCGACUUUUGCAUCUUCAGACACAACAGUUAGAAUCAAGGCAAUGAAAUGAGAGCGUCUUUCAGCACAGUUAAAAAAAUUGGUUUCUUUUCUUUUUUUUAUCCUUGUUUAGUCUUUCAUCCUCCAACUAAACAAGCUUCAGGUAAUAACACCAUUUGUGGCAAAAGAGAAGAUGAUUUUAACACUUUCACAAGAAAAGUAUUUGCAGGAACUUUUAAAACAUUUAAAAUUUAUACAACAAAAUUCUGUAAGCCCAAGUUCUUGGUUACAGUCUGCAUAGUUACUUCAGCUUUAAGGUUAAACACUGAACACAGUCACGAGAGCAGGAAGAAGGGCCACACCAAAGGGGGGGAGGGGAGGAGGAAAGGAACAAGGGGGCCGGCUUUACAAAAAUUGGGGGGAAACUAGAGAUUAAGAGCCAAGCACCCCUCUCCCACCCCACACUAUUAAAAAGACAGCAUUGGAAAGCACAGAAUGUCGAACUCCAGCGAUUUGAAGCAAUUUUUGGCAGAAGAAGGUUUACAGAGCAAGUGGUAAUCAGUGCUAAAAGUUAUUUUCCUAUAAGAAACUACAAGGAGUUUUACGUAGGGACCUUGGUUUUUCCUGAGAGCCAUGCUCUUAGAUUUAGGAGGUGGGAAUAGAAAAAACACAAAUGGAACAUGGCCAAACACUGCUCGUUAUUCCCAGAGAUAGAAAGCAUCUUUUAACAUCCACAAUUUUUUUUUGUUUUUAAAAAAUAUUUAAGUGAUGGUCGAGUAAACAUUGUUUCUC